AUGUCUCGCAACGUCAAGCGCAAAUUUCGCCCCGCGCCUCCCAAGGCAUCCAAGCGUCGGGACUCUGACACCUCGUCGUCCUCAUUUGAUCUCUCCGAUGAGGGCGGUUACUCAGCUGUUGAAGAUAUUAGUGACUCCGAAGACGAUGAUGAGGAAGAUGUUAAUGCGGCCGAGGAGGAGAAUAUUUUAACGCAGGUGAUACCUUCGCCAUCCCCUGCCUCCACUCCUCGGCCGACGAUCGAAAAUACGUACGAAUAUGAAUCAAGCGACGACAAUCCUAUCGAAGGUAUCGACGAGAGUAGCUCCGUCAUCCUCAACGAGGACGGUGACGACAAUGUCAGCUGGCAUGGCAUUGUCUCCGAGAAAGACUCUGACCUCGGUCAAGACACUGACAUUGGAUCCGUUUCCAAGAUUGAUCGCCAUGUCCGGUUUGCCCUCCCUUCAGACAGUGAUUCGGAUUCCACCGACACCGAGGACGACUAUGGCGGCAUGUACUCUGACAUUUUCGUUGCUCAAACUCAGCUUGACCCCAAUUUCCGCCGGGAGGUUGAGUUGGACUCGGAUGAUUCCUCAGGCUCCGAGGGCUUUUGGGACUACGGCCAAUACUUCGGUGACCAGCGCGAGUCCGAGGCCGAGGAGAUCAUUCGCCAACUCUCCGAUGAUGAAGACGAGGAUGCCACUCCUUUAGCCACUCCCAAUGCCUUGCCCCCCGUCGUUGGUGUCCAAAUUGACGAUUUCCCCUUCGCGGAAACCCCUACACAGUUUCAGGACCCUUCGGAACUUGAUGGCUAUGAAACUGACGGUGAUACAACUGAAGAGGAUAUUCCAGAACCCCCCGCCCGUCGCAGAAUCCGCCGUCCGUCUCUUCCUGCGAGCGAGAUUUCGGACUCGGAAUACGAUAGCCCUGCUAAAACCCAACGCGGCCAGCCCCGUGUUGGGCGCUUUAGUCUGGACAAGUCUGACAAGAAACCGAUUGCUGUCUUGAACCCUCUCACCCGCAAGAUGAUGAUCUUCACUCCUCACCAACGAAGACAGCUGGAUUUGUCGCCAGAGCAGUUUCAUGGUGUCCCCGCAUUCCCUAUCGACGCCUCAUCCCCAAUGCUCAGCAACUCGGCCAACAUGAUGUUCAGUGCUAUGUUCUCGUCCAAUACCUUUGCCGACUUUGUGAACGGCCAGGCUGUUGGCCCCACGGAGGCAUUCUUCCCAGACAUUACUGGUGCUGACGAGAGCGAGUUCAGCGUUGACUCUCAGGCACUCAACUGGGAGGAGGGAGAGGAUGAGGCUGAGCGGGGUCUUAAUCUUAAUGAUUUUAUUUCUUUCGAAGAGUCCGAAUCUUCUGAUGACGAGGACAAGGCCAAGGGCAACUGGGACCCGUCCUCAACACCUGCACGCCCGACAACUGCCUCGAGCGAGGUUGAUGUUCUCUCUCAUCUGAACUCGGACAUUGUCGGAGCGUUCCGCCGCAAUCAGGUCAACCAGCAGUUGAUUUUGAGCAACCAAGCUACACAAGACUCACUUGCUUUCAGCGGGCCCUAUAACCAUACCGCAAUCAGAGGCCUCCGAUCUGACCGAUUCGAUACGGCUGGAGUCCCUCUUACACCUGUGCGUCGUCACAAGAGUAAAAUCAGUGACCUCACACGGAGCCCGCUUGAGUCUUUCUCAGCCAAGCGCAAGGCUUCUGCGGAAGUACCCAACGUUGGGCACAAGAAGCAGAGAAGCAUCUCUGAUGUCAACAAUCUGCACCUAUGA